GGACCAGCGCGUGAGGUCGGAGGUCACAGGGCGGGGUCUGCGCCCGCCGCUCGCUCCGCCGCUCCCUCGCGGGUCUCAGCCUGGUCGCCUCAGCGUCGUCCGCCCUGCAUCCCGCGGACUUACAGGGGCGGCUCCGCCUCAGCGCCGAGGAUGGGCCUGGAUCAGGAGCCGGCCGCGGGCGCCGCGGAGGACUCUCCGGAGGACUCGCCGGAGGAUGGGGCCCCGGCCCGCGGCGGCACCUUCGAGGCUUUCGGCGACAGCGCGGAGACGCGCGCGCUGCUGGGCCGCCUGCCCGAGGUGCUCGGGGACUGCGCGGCGCGGGAGAGCGCCCUGCAGCGGGUCCGAGUGAUAAUGGACAAAUACCAGCAGCAGCCUCACCUGUUGGACCCACACCUUGAAUGGAUGAUGAACUUGUUGUUGGACAUAGUGCAAGAUAAGACAUCUCCAGUUGACCUCGUACAUCUGGCUUUUAAAUUUCUUUACAUCAUCACCAAGGUUCGAGGAUAUAAAACAUUUCUUCGUUUGUUUCCUCAUGAAGUAGCUGACGUGCAGCCUGUUUUAGACAUGUUUACAAAUCAGAAUCCUAAGGACCAUGAAACUUGGGAGACCCGCUACAUGCUUCUACUGUGGCUCUCCAUGACCUGCCUGAUCCCUUUCGAUUUUACACGCCUUGAUGGGAACCUUCACACCCAACCCGGGCAAACACGAAUGUCCAUAACCGACCGUAUUCUCCAAAUAGCGCAGUCCUACUUGGUUGUCAGUGACAAGGCCCGAGACGCGGCUGCCGUCCUCGUGUCCAAGUUUAUCACACGGCCCGAUGUCAAACAGAAGAUGGCGGAUUUCCUGGACUGGAGCCUGUGCACUUUGGCCCGCUCCUCCUUCCAGACCAUCGAGGGCGUCAUCACCAUGGACGGGAUGCUGCAGGCCCUGGCACAAAUAUUUAAGCAUGGAAAACGUGAUGACUGUUUACCCUAUGCUGCCACUGUUCUCAAGUGCCUGGACGGCUGCAGGAUCCCUGACAGCAACCAGACUCUGCUCCGGAAACUCAGGGUGAAGCUGGUGCAGCGGCUGGGCCUGACCUUCCUGAAACCCAGGGUGGCGAAGUGGAGGUACCAGCGUGGCUGCCGCUCCUUGGCUGCGAACCUGCAGGCCAGCACCCAGAGCCAGAGGGAGGCCCGGACGCCUGUCGAGACCCCUGACAGCGAGGAGGGCUAUGACGUCCCUGAGGAGGUGGAGAGUGUGAUAGAGCAGCUGCUGGUCGGGCUGAAGGACAAGGACACGGUCGUGCGGUGGUCUGCGGCCAAAGGAAUCGGCAGGGUGGCUGGAAGGCUUCCCCAGGAGCUGGCGGAUGACGUGGUGGGGUCGGUGCUGGACUGUUUCAGUUUCCAGGAGACGGACAACGCCUGGCAUGGGGGAUGUCUGGCGCUGGCAGAACUGGGCAGAAGGGGCCUGCUGCUCCCUCCCCGACUCCCGGACGUGGUUCCUGUGAUCCUGAAGGCGCUGACCUACGAGGAGAAGCGGGGUGCCUGCAGUGUGGGUGACAACGUCAGGGAUGCUGCCUGCUACGUGUGCUGGGCCUUCGCACGUGCCUACGAGCCUCAGGAGCUGAAGCCCUUCGUGGCCGAGAUUUCAAGCGCGCUGGUCAUUGCCACGGUGUUCGACCGGAACGUGAACUGCAGGAGGGCCGCCUCGGCUGCUUUCCAGGAGAAUGUGGGAAGACAGGGCACCUUCCCUCAUGGAAUUGAUAUUUUGACCACUGCUGACUAUUUCGCUGUCGGUAACAGAUCUAACUGUUUCCUGGUUAUAAGCAUGUUCAUUGCCGGCUUCCCUGAGUACACACGGCCAAUGAUAGACCACCUGCUCACCAUGAAGAUCAGCCACUGGGAUGGGGUCAUCAGAGAGCUGUCAGCAAAGGCACUGCAUAACCUGGUCCAGCAGGCGCCCGAGUACAGUGCUGCUCAGGUUUUCCCACGCCUGCUGUCGAUGACGCAGAGUACGGACCUGCACACGCGGCAUGGGGCUGUGCUCACCUGUGCGGAGGUCGCCCACAGCCUGUACAGACUGGCUGUGCGGGAGGACAGGCCUGUCGCAGACUACCUGGACGAGACGGUGGUGCAGGGCCUGAAGCAGAUUCACCAGCAGCUUUAUGAUCGUCAGUUAUACAGGGGUCUCGGAGGAGAGCUCAUGCGACAAGCAGUGUGCGUUUUAAUAGAAAACCUGUCCCUUUCCAAGAUGCCCUUCAGGGGUGACGCCGUAGUCGAUGGUUGGCAGUGGCUGAUAAGUGACACCUUGAGAAACCUCCACCAUGUGUCCAGUCAUUCCAGGCAACAGAUCAAGGAAGCAGCUGUCUCCGCCCUGGCUGCUCUCUGCAGCGAGUACUACGCGGAGGAGCCCGGGAAGGCGGACUCCACUGGGCAGGAGGGGCUGGUAGAGAAGUAUCUCGCCGAGCUGCAGAGCCCGGAGGAGAUGACGCGCUGCGGCUUCGCCAUGGCCUUGGGCGCCCUCCCAGGCUUCCUGCUGAGAGGCAGGCUCCAGCAGGUUCUCAAGAGCCGUCACCCUUUCCUCGGUUUUCCUUCGGAGGACGUGAACUUGGGGGAGUCCCGGCGGGAUCCCGUGAAGGCCAUCCCCAGGAUUUGCCAAACGGUCGGUGUGAGAGCAGAAGGGACCCCGGAUGAGGUCGUGUGCAAAGGGAACGUGUCCCAGAUUUACAGCACGCUGCUGGACUGUCUGCGCGACUACACCACCGACAGCCGCGGGGACGUGGGCGCGUGGGUCCGCGAGGCUGCCAUGACCAGUCUGAUGGACCUGACCCUUCUCCUGGGGAGGGACCAGCCAGAGCUGAUCGAGGCGCCCACCUGCCAGCGGGUCAUGUGCUGCCUGGCCCAGCAGGCCAGCGAGAAGAUAGACCACUUCCGUGCACACGCUGCCCACGUGUUCAUGACGCUGCUGCACGCGGCCGGCUCAGCUGGCCCCACCGUCCCCCACGUGCCCCACCGGGCAGAACUGGAGCAGCUCUUCCCCAGGUCCGAGGCCGCCUCUGUCAACUGGACCGCACCAUCCCAGGCCUUCCCUCGCAUCACCCAGCUGCUGGGGCUGCCUGCCUACCGCUACCAUGUGCUGCUGGGGCUGGCCGUGUCCGUGGGUGGCCUCACAGAGUCCACGGUGAGCAUGCGUCUGGCCCGGCCUCUUUCCCACUCGAGCGGCUUUGGGUGGGCGUUUGGGCUGGAGCUGGGGCAGCACGUCUCCGUGGGGUUGGGACGUGCGCUGCCGGGGCUGCCCUGGGGAAACCGCGUCACCGCACAGCUCCUUUCCUGGCCUCAGGCUCCCAGGGCAGGGUCCCCAGGGCGGCUCGGGGAACCCCCACCUCUGAGGAGGGGAGCUCAGGAGCCGGGACAUUGUGGCGAGUUCCUGUUCCCGGCACGCAGUUCAGCGCCACCGUGCUCUGUGUCCUGUCCCCGCCCCGUGCUGCCACAUUUGCCGCCACCUGCCCACGGCGGCCGGCCCUGUGCUCUGGGUUCCUUUCCUUCUGUGUGUGGUGUUUCCCGGGGAGGCUGUGUCUCCAGUUUCUGUUGCCAUGUUUCUGCUGGUGUGGUGCUCACACACUCCCUGACCCUCAAAAGGUGUCGGUUUAGCCUGGCCGGCGUGGCUCAGUGGUCGGCCUAGGAACCAGGAGGUCACAGUUCA